AUGGUUAUCCAUUCCAAGAACGAGGCCUUGACGUGCAAAGUGUUCCUAUCCAGUCUACGACCCGUGGCAAUGAGAUGGUUUGAUGGCCUAGGGCUCACCCAAACAUUUAGCUCUCGUUUUAUUACUUGUAGCAGGGUUUCUCGGCCCUUGAAUUCCUUGUUUUCCUUAUUCAUGCGAGAGGGGGAGACCCUGAAAACAAACUCGGAUAGAUACUGGAAGAUAUUCAAUGAGAUAGAUGAUGACUUUGAUGACGUGGCCAUCAGUACUUUCAAGGUCGGCCUCUCAGCCAAGCACGGCUUAAGGAAGUCUUUGACUGGAAACCCAGUUAUCAGUGUGCGCCAACUCAUGGAACGAAUUGAUAAAUAUAAGAGGGUUGAGGAAGACCAGCAGGGGAAAAGAAAGGCUAAGGUUAUCCCUCAAGAGAGGAGGGAUUUCUCCUACGAUGCUAUUUAUAGACGAAGGUCAAAAACCCCACCUAGCGAGUCUUUCUCCUACGAUGAGGAGCACCAUCACAAACGUAGGUAUAAGAGCCCGCCUCGCAAAGGCUUGGGAAAUGACACUAUGAGUAAGGCGUUGAACCAAAUUUCCAAAUCGCCCUUCACGUGCAAGAUUGAAGGGGCAAAACCUCCUCAGCAAUUCAAUUAG